AUGAAGAAGAGGGAGGGACCGGAGUAUGUCGAUGAGGGGGCAAAGAGUCCCCAAGUGGAUGUGCGUUUAUGGUGUGUGGAGAGCUUUCAUACGUAUUCAAGUGUUUGUGGAUGUGUGCAAACCGUUAAAGAGAAUGAUGAAGAUCAAGAAGAUGAGAGGAGAAUGGGUAUGACUAAACUUCAAGGAAUUGAAAAGCCAUACGACUCAUGGAUGAAGGCUCCUAACGGAUGUCAAAAGCUGAAUGUAGGGAGAAAUGGCUUUGGUAGAGGCCAUCGAAGAAUGUCAAGAGAGAGGAGGUUUUUAAGAGCUAAUAAAGGGAAUAGAAAUGGCAAAGGGAUAAAUGUUAAUAAUGGAAAAGCAUUGAACGAGGAAGGGGAAAUGGAAACGGAAUUCAAAAGGAGGUAUACCGAGAAGGAAGGUAAAUGGGAGUUAGAUCAUAAUGGCUCAAUAGGCUCACAAAUGUCGGUUCGAGAUGAGAUAAAAGAUGAGUCUUUAAGGAGACUUGGAGCCCAAGCCCUCCCAUCACAAUAA